CCAAAAACUCCCUUAACUAAAAGCUUCAGUAGUUUGCUUCACAGACAAAAUCAGAAGGGAAACUGAAGCAGAAGAACCUACUUUUCUUUCUUUUUGAAACUCGCCGAGAAAUCUUCUCGGAGACGCCUCUAUUUCCGAUCAUGGAUUUCCCCGAACAAGACGUCGAUAUCUUCGGCGAAGAGCACGAAGACGACCAAGACAAGGACGACACCAGACACGGCAACCGCUCCUCCUCCCCGUCGUCGCCGUCGUCCUCAUCGGCGGCCUCUUCGUCGUCCUCGUCGUCGGCGGCGGCUUCAUCGUCGUCUAACGGCAGCGACGGCGGCGAUCAGAGUAGCAGCGGCGGAAGCGCCAGUGAAGGAGAGGAGGGGAAUGGAGAGGAGGUCGACAGUAUCAACAACAACAAUAGCAACAGUGAUAGGUCUCACUAUGCCUACGAAGAAGAGAAGGAUCUAUUUGGCUCAGAUAACGAGGAUUACUGCAAAACCCUAGCCACUAGUCCUUACCCGAUUCCUGUUUUGCCUGUGAUACGCAACAAUAACAACCCUGGUAGAGGGAAUUUUGGUCGUGGUCGAUGGCAUCAAAAUGAUAGAGGAGCAGGCCUACUUCCCCGACCCGGGCCUUAUCCUCAGAGGCAGAACUUUGGUUAUGGUUCAAAGUUCUCUAAUCCUCGUCAUGAUGAACGCUUUGUUUCAGAAUUAAAACUUUCAAAAAGUGAAGAAACAUUAUCAAGAAAAUGUAUUGCUUUUCAGGAACCAUGUGAAGUUGCGUGUUAUAGUCGGGUAGAAGGUGGUGAUGUCUUCUUUGAUGAUCGCAGCUUGAGGCUUUUCAAGCGGCUUAUUACUGAAGACGUUGGAGCUGAUCUUAAUCAGGGUUUUGAUACUUUUAUUGAGAAAAAAGAAUUGGGAUCGCAAGGUUUUGGUGACCUUCUUGCCUGCAUAAGAGACAAAAAUAUUCCACUUCAAAACAUUCAUUUUGUGACUUUCCGUAACAACCUUAAUAAGAUACUGGCAACUGCCUAUAUUCGUCAUGAGCCAUGGGAGAUGGGAGUGCACAAAAGGAAUGGAGUUGUAUAUCUGGAUGUUCAUAAAUUACCAGAAAGACCACAAAGCGAGUUAGAACGCCGAAGAUGUUAUUGGGGAUACUGUUUUGAGAGCCUUGCCACUGAAGAUCCAAGAAGAGCUGAUGGAGAAGGAAUACAUCAUGUUGAUGCCAAUGUUGAAUAUUGUUCUGUAAUUAAAACAAAACUAGGGGCUCAUCGUAUUCUGAUGGGUGCCGAAAUGGAUUGCUGUGAUUCAACUGAUGAUGGAAGGAGAUUUUAUGUUGAGUUAAAGACAAAUCGUGAGUUGGAUUAUCAUACUGAGGAAAGAUACGAGAGGGAAAAACUUCUCAGGAUCUGGAUUCAAUCGUUCUUAGCUGGCGUCUCUUAUAUUGUUAUUGGAUUUAGAGAUGAUAGGGGCCGACUUGUGCGCACGGAGAGACUUAGAACCAAAGAUGUAACGCAGAGAGUGAAAAUGAAGAACUAUUGGCAGGGAGGAGUUUGCCUAGCAUUUGCUGAUGAGGUGUUGUGCUGGCUCUAUGGAACAGUUAAAGAGAAUGAGAAUUACAUAUUGCAGUUCGCUCCGCCUUUCAACCGUCUAGAGCUUCUUCAAGCCCAAUCUUGCCCGGAAGAGAUAACUAACCAUGUUGAGCAACUGUAAAGUAGUAGUUCUCUGAUAUUUCUUACUUAAAUCAAUUACAGAUAGGAGGGGUUUAGGGUUAAAUUAUUUAAACCCCAAUUUGCUUUGAUAAGAAUUUCAUACCAUUAUAGUUGGUCAGUUGAUCGAUCUCAUCCAAAAUAAUAUCCUUUUUGAUGAUGAUGAGAAUUAUAUCUUACUUUUA